AUGUGCUGCGGCACUCCCUUCGCCCAGCUGGCGGGGCUCUUCGACUCUGGCAAGCACCACUGCCGCUUGCUCGGCCUCCUCGUCUGCAGCGGCUGCUCCGCCCACCGCGCCGUCCUCAAGGCUGGCGAGGCGCCGGCGCGCGCCGUGGCGGCGCUGCACGAGCGCGGCGAGAAGCUGGCCAACUUGGACGACAAGUUCGCGAGGUUCGCGGACGACGCGGAGGACUUCGCCGCCGCCGCGCGCAAGCUGCGGCGGCAGCAGGAGUCUGGAAUGUUUGGGCUCGGGUUCGGCGGCUUGUGA